GGAAAGUAAUCCGUCUCCCUCCUCAACUGUAAAUUGCAAUGCAACCUCUCUCUCUCUCUCUCUUCCUAACUUUCUUGCUUCCUUCUCUCGAUUCUUGACUCGUCCCCCCCACCAUAUCCCGUCCCGUCCCGUCCGACAAACGCGCCUCACCCCGUUCUAAAAUCACAUCCUAACCCGUGCCCCCGCCCAUCUCUCCCUGGUUCUUGAAGGUCCUUGCUUUCGCCUUUUCGAGAGUUCGCGCGUUGUUCGGUCGUGUUUCUUGGUUCGUUCGUGGUGUCGUGCGUGGGCGAACCCAUGUCGAGACAGACGUACAGAGUGUGCUUCUGCUGCCGCCGGAGUUUCAAGGUCACGGCGCCUCCUGUGCCCGGGGAUGUCAAGGACCUCUUCCAGCGGUACUCCGAGAACGGGGUCAUGUCCGUGGACCAGCUGCAGCGGUUCUUGAUCGAGGUCCAGAAGGAGGGCGGGGCCAGCAGGGAGGACGCGCAGGGCAUCGUCGAUAGGCUCCGGGACCAGGGGCGUUUCCACAUUUUCCACCGGAAGGGCCUCACCCUCGAGGACUUCUUUUCCUACUUGUUUGGCGAGAUCAAUCCUCCCCUGUCGCCGAAUCUUGGGGUGCAUCAUGAUAUGAAUGCUCCUCUCUCUCAUUAUUACAUAUAUACUGGCCACAAUUCCUACCUAACCGGCAAUCAACUUAGCAGCGACUGCAGUGAUAAACCUAUUGUUGAUGCCCUGAAGAAAGGGGUUAGAGUAAUCGAAUUGGAUAUUUGGCCAAAUUCCAACAAGGAUGAUGUGCAUGUUCUUCAUGGAAGGACCUUGACUACUCCAGUGGAACUUAUCAAAUGUUUAAAAUCUAUUAAAGAGCAUGCCUUUGUUGCAUCUGACUACCCUGUUGUAAUCACUUUGGAAGAUCACCUUACUGCUGAUCUUCAAGCUAAAGUUGCUGAGAUGGUCACUCAAACAUUUGGAGAUGUGCUGUUUUCACCCGGUCCAGAGUGCUUAAAGGAAUUCCCCUCCCCCGAGUCACUGAAGAAAAGGGUUAUUAUAUCCACUAAACCGCCAAAGGAGUACCUUCAGGCAAAAAAACCAACAGAGAAGGAAGUUGAUUCACAGAGAGGGAAGGCAGGAGAUGAAGAGGCUUGGGGAAAAGAAGUCCCAGACCUGAGAGAAGAUAUUUUAAAUGACGACAAGGAUGAUGAUGAUGAAGAAGAGGAUGAGGUUGAUGAUGACGAAGAUGAUGGUGUAGGUGGAAAUAAGCCACAGCAAAAAGCAGCUCCAGAGUACAAGCGGCUGAUCGCUAUUCAUGCUGGAAAGCCUAAAGGGGGAUUAGAUGAAGGUUUGAAGGUCGAUCCCGACAAAGUUAGACGUCUGAGCUUAAGUGAGCAACAGCUUGAGAAAGCUGUUGUCACACAUGCAAAAGAAAUUGUCAGGUUCACCCAACGGAAUAUACUGAGAAUUUAUCCAAAGGGCACACGUAUCACUUCUUCAAAUUACAACCCACUUAUUGGGUGGUCACAUGGAGCUCAGAUGGUUGCAUUUAAUAUGCAGGGAUAUGGAAGAUCACUUUGGUUGAUGCAAGGGAUGUUCAGAGCCAACGGUGGAUGUGGCUAUAUUAAAAAACCAGAUUUUUUGCUGAAGUCUGGUCCACUGAAUGACCUCUUUGAUCCAAAAUCUCCUUUACCCGUGAAAACAAAAUUGAAGGUGACUGUAUAUAUGGGUGAGGGCUGGCAUCAUGAGUUCGAUUCCACCCAUUUCGAUUUAUAUUCCCCUCCAGAUUUUUAUGCUAGGGUUGGAAUUGCUGGAGUUCGUGCUGAUAGAGUAAUGAAGAAGACAAAGACGCUUGAAGAUAACUGGAUCCCUGUUUGGAAUGAGUAUUUCGUGUUCCCGCUUACUGUCCCGGAACUUGCUUUACUCAGAAUUGAAGUUCACGAGUACGACAUGUCCGAGAAGGAUGACUUUGGAGGUCAAACAUGCCUGCCCGUCUCAGAACUAAGGAGCGGCAUGAGAAUGGUAUCGCUCCAUGAUCUUAAAGGAGAGAAGUACAAAUUUGUAAAGCUGCUCAUGCGCUUUGAGUUUCUCGAUCCAUCGACUGAGGAAUAAUGAGGGCGCCGUGACUUUUAUGUAAAGCGUCACUAUCUGCGUGUUAGUAUUCUUGUGCGAGAUUGUAUGUAGUCUAGUCAUGCUUCCAUGGGGAAUUCGAGUUCACUAUCAGUGUGUUAGUAGUAUUCUUGUGCGAGAUUGUAUGUAGUCUAGUCAUGCUUUCAUGGGGAAUCCGAGUUGUAAGAUGUGUUCGAAAGCCACAAACCAUCUGUUGAUAUAUAUAAAUUUUUGACUUUGCAUUAUGGUUAA